AUUCAGCAAGAGGGUUCAAUGUGAUUGAUGACAUCAAAGCCAUGGUGGAGAAAGAAUGCCCUGCCGUGGUGUCAUGUGCUGAUAUUCUUGCAUUGGCUACUAGAGACUCUGUAGUUUAUUUGGGAGGACCAUCUUGGGAAGUAGGCUUACGAAGAAGAGAUUCUACUACAGCAAGCAGACUUGAUGCUAAUAACUCCAUUCCUACACCCUCCUUCAGUCUAAGUACUCUCAAACAGAAUUUCGCUAACCAAGGCCUUUCAGAGAAAGACUUGGUGGCCCUUUCAGGGGCACAUACCAAUAUACCAUUGACCUAGCUCAAUGCAGACUUUUCGGACCACAUAUCUACAAUGACACCAACAUUGAUGCCUCUUAUGCCAAAUUCUUGCAGAGCAAGUGUCCCAGAACUGGAAACGACAAAUUGCUCGAACUCCUCCACCGUCAAACUCCCUUCCAUUUCGAUAACCUGUACUACAAGAAUUUAGUUCAGAAGAAGGUUCUUUUUCAUUCUGACCAGAAGCUGUACACCGGCGAUUCUACCGACCAUCUAGUGGGGAAAUAUGCUACGGAUAGAGUUGCAAUUUUUUAAUGACUUUGCCGGGGACAUGGAUGAAAACGAGCAGAAUCAAGCCUCUCACAGGAGGAAAAAAAAGGGAAAUCAGACUCAAUUGUGCUAAAGUCAACUAAACAUCAACUACUUAAAAUUAUGUAAUAAUGGUUAUUUUUCAUUCCAAAACUAUGUCUGAAUUUCGAUAAUUUGUUCUUGGUGUCAAGGAACCUGGUUUAUUUCAUCAAUAAACUUUCUUGAGUUUAUGUGAAUGUGCACAUGAUUUUCCCAAGCUCUUCAGUUUUCCUGUAGACAUAUUUACAUCAAUGUAAGUUCAAUUAUUUAUUACAUCUAUUUGGUUAUAGUGAUCUUCUAACUAUAACUUUGUCAUCAUGCUAAGAUGCAAUGAAAAUAAUCAUAAUAUUUAUUCAGCUUAUCCAUACAAUUUACAUCACUGUGAGAUCAGGAAUUCAUCAUGACCAAAAGGUUUACAAGAAUAUUAUAUUUUGUUAGAGGGAUUGAAUCUACAUCGUUUAGAAAACUGAUAUAUCAUUACUAUACAACUAGCUAAACAAAAAAACAACG